AUGGAUUUGUUGAGAGAUAAUUUUCUGAAGCUUUCUCCGGAAGUGCAGGAGGCGGUGCUGAACAGCGCAGGCAUGCCGACUCCGGAGGGGGAGACGAGAAACCUCGACGACCCGCCCAACGGCAACAAGUAUGUCAUUGCUCUCGUCUCCGUGUCUCUCUCCUUGACAUUCACAUUGGGCUUGCUCCGAAUGUGGGUGAGGACCAUUCAGGUCAAGAAAUGGAACAUUGAAGACUACCUUGGAUUUGCAGCAUAUGGCCCCUACGCUGGCAGCGUCUGGGUCAUGGUCUCUUGCAUGCACACGGGAGGCUUCCUGGUCCACCAGUGGAACGUGCGCAUUGGGGACCUCCUAGACAUUCUAUAUAUCCUCAUCAUACUACGCAUAUGUUACGUGCUGGUCAUGAUUCUGGCCAAGUCGGCCAUCAUCCUAGAGUGGACACGCAUCUUUGUCCCGCGGGGCACCAGGAACAAGUUCUUCUGGUUCAGCCGGGCCAUGCUCGUGUUCAAUAUUGUCGCAUAUGUCGUCCUCAUCAUCUUUUCUCUUAUCUCGUGCGUCCCCAUCCAAAAGAGGUGGAAGCCUUGGGCCGAGGGCAAAUGCUUCUGGAGCGCCAAGUCGCUUGAUGUGACUACUGCCUGGGUCAACUUGUUUAUUGACGUCUUCAUUCUCGUCUUACCACAGCGAAUCAUCUGGACUCUCCAACUAAACACCGGACGCAAGAUUGGUAUUUCAGUCAUAUUCUCCGUCGGUCUGAUCGCCGUUGCCUGUGCGGCUGGACGGACAUGGUCGAAUAUGACGCUCGACUACGCAGGCGACACGUCAUACGACGCAUCCAUCAACACCAUCUGGGGGUGGAGCGAGAUGACUUGCGUCCUGAUCGUGUUCUACGCUCCCGGGGCGGCCAAGGCCUUCACCAAGCAGGGAGUGUUCCACGGCAUGCUCUCCUCCCUGCGGUCCUGGAGGCGUCUGGAUGGCUCCAAGCAGUCAAACUACCAGAGCGCCGAUAGCAAGGGCUACCCGCCAGUCGACACCUCCAGCAGCCAGAACCUGACGGCGACGGAGAUGGAGGUGAUGAGAUCCCAUGGCCACCAUCGCGAUGCUGAGGUUGGCUUCGGCGAUGUUGGUACUGGCCAUGGCAUUACGAGGAUCACCAAGCUAGAGACGCGCGUGCGCAGCGCAUCCAAUACCUCGACUGAUCCCGUCAUAGAACACCAGCACCCGUGGAUGGGCGACAGGAGGUAG